AUGGCGUCGUGGAAAGCUCAGAUUCUCAACUCCGCGGCCACAUACAAACGGGCCAUCCAAACCGGAGACUUCUCCAAGAUUCAAGAUGACAAGUCCAAAUACAGCGACAAGGAUCUAAAGUCCAUGGCCAAUGAGUUCCCAGAGGUCAAGGUGGUCAUGGAGGACCAAGCCACCUACCACUCGGGUAUCACUGAUGAGCACCAGGCUGUCACCGAAGACCUGGAGAGUGGCCAUGCGGAUAAACCCACUGCUAUAGAACGGGUCAAAGCACAAGGAGAGAAGAUGAAAGCAGAGUCCAUUGCCAAUAUCGAUGCGAGCACGCAGAGAGUUUUGGCCCUGCUUGAGGGCCUCCCCGAAGACCAGCAGCAGCGGGCCGCCGAUUUUUGGGAUGCCCUCGGCAACGGGUUCAUGCUGUUUUGGUCCACCAUUCUGACUCAAGUUGAACGAAUCUUUGAGUUUGUAGUCGAGUGGCUCAGUCAAGUUUGGGAGCAAGUCAAGGCUGCCUGGCAGACGGUGAAGGGGGUUUGGACUCAAAUUUGGGCCUGGCUGCAAGGUCUUCUGAGUUGA